GAUGCAGGCAGCCAGGCGGAGGGCAGAGCAGAGCGGGGGAGGCGGCGGAGGGAGGAGGCGGUAGAGAGACGCGCACCGGGCGAGCUGGCGCACAAGACCAGCCGCAGACAUCGGGUUGGCGCUUCGCAGCCGGACAUGGGGAGCCCGGACGGCUUUUAAACGCAUGAACGGGCGCCCCGGACGCUUUUGCGUAAACGCGCUCCUGGCCCAGAGCCCUCGCCGGCGGUGACGGGGGGAGAGAGGAGACAUUUCCGUAUGUGUUUGUGAGGGUGUCGCUGGGGGAGCUCACGGAUUUCACCAGGAUGCUGCGCUGGAUCCGACAGCAGCUGGGUUUCGACCCCCCACACCAAAGUGACACCAGGACGGUCUACAUAGCCAACAGAUUCCCUCAACAUGGACACUACGUCCCGCAAAAGUUUGCUGACAAUAGGAUCAUAUCCUCUAAGUAUACCAUUUGGAAUUUUGUUCCCAAGAAUAUGUUUGAACAGUUCAGGAGAAUAGCCAAUUUUUAUUUUCUCAUUAUCUUCCUUGUCCAGCUCAUGAUCGAUACCCCCACUUCUCCGGUGACCAGCGGGCUUCCUCUGUUCUUCGUCAUCACCGUGACGGCGAUAAAGCAGGGUUACGAGGACUGGCUGCGGCACAAAGCGGACAACGAGGUCAACGGAGCCCCGGUGUACGUGGUCCGCAGCGGAGGCCUGGUGCAGACGAGGUCCAAGAACAUCCGGGUUGGGGAUAUUGUUCAAGUAGCCAAAGAUGAAACCUUCCCUGCCGAUUUAGUGCUGCUGUCGUCUGACAGACUGGAGGGGACGUGCCACAUAACCACGGCCAGCUUGGACGGAGAGACGAACUUGAAGACACAUUUUGCCGUCCCCGAGACGGCGGUGUCGCAGUCCAUCUCCCAGCUGGAGGCGCUGGUGGCUGUCGUGGAAUGCCAGCAGCCAGAGGCAGACCUGUACAGGUUUGUCGGAAGGAUAACCAUAACCCAGCAGGGUGAAGAAAUUGUGAGACCCUUAGGACCAGAAAACCUGCUGCUGAGGGGGGCCAGACUGAAAAACACCAAAGAAAUAUUUGGUGUGGCCGUGUACACGGGGAUGGAGACCAAGAUGGCCUUGAACUACAAGUGCAAAUCGCAGAAACGCUCCGCUGUGGAGAAGUCCAUGAACACGUUUCUCAUCAUUUACCUGGGCAUCCUGCUGUUUGAGGCCGUGGUCAGCACCAUCCUGAAGUACGCCUGGCAAGCAGAGCCGAAGUGGAACGAGCCUUGGUACAACGAGAAGACCGAGCAGGAGAGGAACAGCAGCCAAAUUUUGAAGUUCAUUUCGGAUUUUCUUGCUUUCCUGGUGCUCUACAAUUUCAUUAUCCCUAUCUCGCUCUACGUGACUGUGGAGAUGCAGAAGUUCCUAGGCUCCUUUUUCAUUGGCUGGGACCUGGAUCUCUACCACGAGGAGACAGACCAGAGGGCUCAGGUGAACACCUCUGACCUCAACGAGGAGCUGGGUCAGGUCGAGUAUGUGUUCACCGACAAGACCGGGACUCUGACAGAGAAUGAAAUGGAGUUCCGCGAAUGCUCCAUAAACGGCAUUAAGUACCAAGAGAUUAACGGCAGGCUGGUCCCGGAAGGAAUGAUGGAAGACUCUCCAGACGGACCCUUGUCCAAUCUGAGCAGGGAGGAGGAGCUGUUCCUGAAGGCCGUGUCCCUGUGCCACACGGUGCAGAUCAGCUACGACGAGAUGGAUGGUCCCACCGACGCGCUCCGGCAGGCCAACGGGAUCACGCCCCAGAUGGAGUACUACGCCUCCUCGCCAGACGAGAAAGCUUUAGUGGAGGCGACUAAAAGGAUGGGAGUGUCCUUCGCAGGAAGCAAUGGAGAAACUAUGGAAAUUAAAACAUUUGGAAAAUCCGAGAAGUAUAAACUGCUCCAUGUUUUAGAGUUUGAUGCGAAUAGAAGAAGGAUGAGCGUGCUGUUACAGACCCCAUCAGGGGAAAAGAUGCUGUUCACAAAGGGAGCGGAGUCGUCCAUCCUGCCAAAUACAAAAGGCGGAGAAAUAGAUAAAACGCGGAUCCAUGUGGAUGAAUUUGCAUUGAAAGGCCUGAGGACCCUGGUGGUGGCCUGCAGGCGCUUCUCCGCGGAGGAGUACGAGGAGGUGGACCGGCGGCUCCACGAGGCCCGGACGGCUCUCCAGCAGCGGGACGAGCGCCUGGCCGAGGUCUUCAGCUUCAUCGAGAGGGACCUGGAGCUGCUGGGGGCCACCGGGGUGGAGGACAAAUUGCAGGAGAAGGUGCAGGAGACUAUCGAGGCCCUGAGGCUGGCCGGGAUCAAGGUGUGGGUGCUGACGGGGGACAAGCACGAGACGGCCGUCAGCGUCAGCCUGUCCUGCGGUCACUUCCACAGGACCAUGAACAUCCUGGAGCUCCUCCAGCAGAAAUCGGACAACGAAUGUGCCGAGCAGCUGAGGAGGCUUGCCAGAAGAAUUAAGGAAGACCAUGUGAUCCAGCACGGCCUGGUGGUGGACGGAGCCAGCCUGUCUCUGGCGCUCAGGGAACACGAGAGGUUGUUCAUGGAGGUCUGCCGGAACUGCUCGGCGGUGCUCUGCUGCCGCAUGGCUCCCCUGCAGAAAGCAAAAGUCGUGAGGCUGAUAAAGACGUGCCCGGAGAAGCCCAUUACCUUGGCAAUUGGAGAUGGAGCCAAUGAUGUCAGUAUGAUUCAGGAAGCCCAUGUUGGGAUCGGAAUCAUGGGCAAAGAGGGACGACAGGCAGUGAGAAACAGUGACUAUGCAAUUGCAAGGUUUAAAUUCCUUGCUAAGCUACUGCUGGUCCACGGCCACUUCUACUACAUUAGAAUAGCAACCCUUGUACAGUACUUUUUCUACAAGAAUGUGUGUUUUAUCACACCCCAGUUUUUAUACCAGUUCUUCUGUCUAUUUUCGCAGCAAACCCUUUAUGACAGUGUUUAUCUCACCCUGUACAACAUCUGUUUCACCUCUCUGCCCAUUCUGGUGUACAGCCUCUUUGAGCAGCUGGUUCACCCCCACGUGCUGCAGAGCAAGCCAGCGCUGUACAGAGACAUCAGCAAAAACUCCACCCUCUCCUUCAAAACCUUUCUGUACUGGACAGUGCUGGGGUUCUCGCAUGCCUUUGCCUUCUUCUUCGGCUCUUACAUCCUCAUGGGGGAGGACACCUCCCUGAUGGGCAACGGACAGGUCUUGAGAGCUAACAGACAACUGAUGUUUGGGAACUGGACAUUUGGCACUUUAGUAUUCACAGUAAUGGUCAUUACAGUUACGCUAAAGCUGGCUCUGGAGACUCACUUCUGGACAUGGAUGAAUCACUUUGUGACAUGGGGCUCCAUCGCCUUUUACUUCAUCUUCUCCUUGUUUUAUGGGGGAAUUAUUUGGCCGUUUUUACACACACAGGACAUGUACUUCGUCUUCGUUCAGCUUCUUUCCAGUGGAUCAGCCUGGUUCGCCAUUAUCAUCAUAGUCAUCAUCUGUCUGUUCCCUGAUGCCAUCAAGAAGAUCUUUUACAGACAGGUUCAGCCCACAAACACCCAGAAGGCUCAGCUUGUUGAAACCUGUCGGGGCAUCAGCUGCGUGGACUCGGUGUGCUGCUUCUCGGACGGGCAGACAGCUUGCGCACCGCUGGGGAGAGUGCUGGAGCGAGUGAUGGGGAGGUGUGAGCUGUCGAGGGUCCGCAGGUGUGGAGUUUCUCUCAGUAGUCUCUGCUGCAGGCACAUCUCCUAUAAGCUGGAGCGCGGAGAGCCUGCAGCUGUCGAUGUGUAAGAUCCCCGCAGAAUGCGAGGGGUUCGCCGAACUGCCGAACCCCAGGACUAAGGAUUUGGGGUGUGCUGGCAUUUCAAGUUUUAUGGGGAAAAAAUAAAAGUAUAUAGAGAGAGAAAAUAUAUAUUUUUUAGUUUUUCUGAUCCCUAUGGUUCAGUAUUUCGUGUGUUGUAUAUAAUACAGGACUUCUUGGUCUGCCCGCAGGUGUCUUGAUUACUGUGUCUGUAUAAUUCUUUAAAACAACUGUCCUCAUCCCCCUCCCACUAGUAGCCCAAAACAACGCCUGCUCUCCUGAAGGCGUGGGGCUGUAUCUGUGUUUAUCUGUGUGGCUGAGCGGUUUUUAUGUACGAGGUCUGCAAAAGGUUUGAUGUUCAGCAUAACUGGAAAAUGAUACCUUGUUAAAACGUUUUUGCUAUAAUUUGUCACGUUUCAUAUUAUGAAUGUCUUUUAGUGCAUUUUUUUCUUUUUUUUUUCAUCGCAUUAAGCAAAAAACAACCUUGACUUGUAUUAGAAUUUAGAAGAAAAUGCAGUCUUUGCAGUGCCCCUUGGUGAAGAAUUUUUGAAUUUGCUUUCUGUUCAAACCUUUUGUCCAUCUCUCUUAGUUUCUCAUGGUUAAAUAUGUAACAUUCCUUUGCCGGGUGUUUAGAUUGUGUUCUAAAGGUCGUGGCGAAGCUGACCUGUACUCUUUAAAGGUUGAUCCCUUUUCACUAUUCUCCUGCAAUACAAACUCCAGUUUCAGAGUUUAUUCUUAGCCCUUGAAUUGUCAGUCAUUAUUUUCUGGAAAAGCAGCACACUUUGCUAAUUGGACCUCUUUUCUGAAACCCUUUGUGUUAGGAAGGAGCUUCCAGGUAUGAUGACACUCCCUUCUUCGUAGCCCAGAAGAGACGAAACUGGAGGCUCUUUUUCCUUUAAGCAGACUAGACUGUUCUGUUUUUACUGCUGUGUGGGUCCAGGUUUGCCCUUGUUGUGGUAGGGAUGGUAGCAAGAGAAAUAAUUACUUCCCAUUUGUUUUCAAAAGGAAUGUUACAUCUUUAGCAGGUUUAAAUUUUCUAAGUGUGAAGCCUUAUGGGUGUUUUGGGCAUGAGAAGACUAAAUGGGGCUGUCUCUGUUACACUCUAAAUCAUGUGAUGCGUUUUUCCAGUCUCUGUGUCCCUGCAGUGUCCGGAGGUCCAGUACUGCUAUUUUUCUCUCUCUCGUUUCCUGCUUUUUGCUGACCUGUUGGUGAUCAUCUGUGUUUUCUUACUUUUGAGGCAACCAAAUUUGCAGAACAUUGUUUACUCUUUGUGUUGAAAUUUAAGACUAAAUUAAUAUUAAAUACUUUCCAAAGAGGUAUAUUUUUCAAACAUCUCGGUACUCGUGUAUUUGAGUUGGUUUGGACAUAUGGGAAUCACAUACUGUUGUUACUGUAUUCUGCUCUCAUUCUGUAUGCUUACAUGCCUGCUCAACUGGUGCUGAUCAUGUAUGAUUAACUUGUAUAUAGAGCAGAGUUUGAAAUUUGCAUUGAUCUUUUAAUGCACUUGAACUGGCUUAAAAACAGUUCUCCGUUCUGGAGCAGGUUACCUUUGAUCUUAAAACCCCAGCUCCUUUGAUCUUAAAACGGUUGUCUGAACAGUAAGUGUAAUAGAUCACACAUCUUUCCUACUGUGCCCAUUCAGACUUUCUUUUCAAUCUAGUCUUUUACAAUCCCUGUAGACUGGGAGAAAUUGACCCACUUCGUAGCCCAGAGAGUACUAAAAAUAUUCCAGUCCAAGCUGUGCCCACAGCGCGUUCCACAUGAGUUCAGAAAUGUCCAGAGCGUGGGCUGUCGCUAGUGCCUUUCCACACCGCGAACACGAUGUCUCUCUGUUAAAAGGGCUAUUGGAAAAGCUCUGCUAAAUAUAAUAUAUAUUAGGAAUUUGAUAUGAAUAUGAGUACUAUUUUAAAUGCAUGUGUGAAGACGUUGUAAAACUGAAUUAGAGUAAGCCAUAUAUUUUUCUAUUUAUAGAAAAUGUAAAUCGCUGUACAGCAAUAGCCUGAAUUUGUAUUUUUCAUUACAUAUAUGUAUAUAGUGUGUCUAUAUAUAUGCAUUGAAAACAUACAUAUUCCAGGAUGAAAAUGUAUAAUGUUUUUACUUGGACCAAUCACAGCUAGUACUGAUGUUUAUAUACAGUGUAUCUGAGAAAAAGCCAUAGGCUGUGAAAUGUCAGUCACUGCUAUGAUUCCAUUUAAAGCUUGUGCACGGAAACCACUUGCAUUUUGCAUUCUCACCCCAUUUUCACUUUGUGUUUGUCUUUUGGUUUGUCAUUGUGUGAACAAUGCAUCCAGAUCAUCUUCCUGACUUUUCUGAAAGGUCACGAAGGCGUAAGGGUGAGAGAUCACUGACAGGGCAAGGAUGGAUGGUAAAAGUCACACAAUCUGCAGAACAGUGCAAGUAUAUUUAAUAUGCUUGUGGAAUAAAAGCAAACAGAUGCCCUAGGUAUCCACAGAGGAGAUAGUAUCUCACACAACUGUCCAUCUGUCUUUUCCUCAGUUGUGACAGUACAGGGGAGACUUAGGAUAGGAUCUCUGCUGCUUUCAUUAGGGAGAUAUGUACAGUACCUUAAAUCUAGUUUUGAGAUGUUCAACCUUUUCUGUUCAUUGUUGUUGCUGCUUUUAGAUCGUGGAGCGACAUGGAUCCCGUCUAUUCGAAUGACCGAAGCAUCUUGACUCUGUCGGCAGUGGAGGCCUCUCAUUGCUAACGUACAGGGGAC